GUUUGCCAAUACAACCUAUCAUUUGGUCAGAUUCCAGCUGGUGUGUCUCAUAUCGAUUUUAGACUGUUCUUGGCACACUGAUUGUGCCUACGGACUACUCUGUUUUCCUAAUGAAGACAUAGGGUUCAUUGUGAGUGUGACCUGUCGACAGGGGAUGUUUGCUACUCCAAGGGACCUGAUCCCACCUCCGGGGUGUCUGGUAACAUUUUAAUUUGUAUUCUAUGUGGGAGUUUCAUUUAUGUUUUCUAUCUCAUCACAGUACGCGUAUAGGAUCGGAUUUAUACAUAUAGCUUGUAGAAAGGACCAACGCUUUACCUCAACUACGCAAUCUUUCGUAUGCCAAUCAAAAUAUGAAUUUUCUUUUUGGACCCCAAUGCUCCCUCUCUCAGAGAAUCAUGAUGAAUUAUAAUGCUAUUCUUGAUAAACGUUUACUAAGGUUCAAAGGUCCAAUACCCUUACCAAUGCUCUGAAAAUAUCAGUUAUUAAGACUAACAAUGUAGAAGGUAGAUGGAAGAACUUUACGAAAGCGAAGACAAUUAUGAAAAUAAAGGCAAAUCUAGGAAAAUCAUCCGGAGGAAAAAGUUAUCAGUGAUCAAUAUCUUGAUUAUUAUACAGAACACGAAAUUAAGAUUAGAGGAAACACGUAUUCCCUAGACAGACGAGGGGUGAACCCAUUUUCGUAGAUGGAAUAAACAUCUCCUGUUGACUGAUCAAACCUGCUAUGAGCCAUAUAUCUACUUAAAGACCACAUUUUGAACAUUUUCAAAUCAAUUUGUUCUACGUGAAAUGUUGCAGAUAAGGAACAGUGAGCAGUAUGUUCCUUGUCUGACAUGAGUAGAUAUUUCUAUUUAUGGUAAAAAAUUUUGAAAAAGAAAUCAGAAUUGAUAUAUGUUGGGCAGAUGAAAAUGAUUUUUAAUUAGUGGGGAAAAUUUUAGUUGAACUAGUAAUGACUCGUAACUUAUACUUGGCCGCAGCGUUUUCUUUAAUCCAUGUAAAGUUCAUAUAUAGUGGUGAAAUUGAUAACACGCAAGUAAAACGUAGGAUUUUAGAUUAGACAUAACAUUGCAAAUGUCGUACAACAUAACGUGUCUCCUAACAUUGUAUCUUAUCCUAGAAAUUAAAUUCAAAUGAAUUAAUUUGUAGAUCGAAAGCAGAAAUCGGUAAGUGAAAAAAAUAAUGGAAGGAUGGGGAGAUGGAUAAAUGGAUAGAGAUGGAGAAAUGGAUGGGUAAAGGAAUCGGAUAUCCAAUGAGUGAGCGAGUGGAUUGGUGAAUGAAUGGAGACAUAAAAAGAAAAUUAAUCGGAUGGAUACAUAUAUUGAAGGAUACAUAGAUCGAUGAAUGAAGAUAUGAUUGUAUAGAAACAUGAAUAAAAUGAAAGCAUGUACAUCGUUUGUUAAUAAUACAAAUAUUCUAGUUACAAUACUUUUAGAAUGUCCACCAGGGUACAUUACGAACAACUGUACUUUACCGUGUCGAUACCCAAGCUUUGGUCCAGCUUGCCAAGAGAAAUGCAAUUGUAAGGAGUCAGACUGUAAUAGCGGAACAGGGUGUAAAGAAGGCGUUGCAACUUUAUAUCCAGUUUCCUCUGCACGAGUUGAAUUGACUUAUACAAUACCAAACGCCUUAAACAUAACAAUCUGCCCGAUUGGUUAUACUAGUGAGAAAUGUGAAAUCCCGUGUCGUUUUUCAAAUUAUGGUAAUGGUUGUAAGCUAAAGUGCAGCUGUGCUGAAGACCUUUGUAGUCAAAUACAUGGAUGCUCAACUAGCAACACAGAUGAUAACCAGUGUGAUGAAAAGAUGUUAGGGGCCAACAGAGGCAGGAAAUCCAGACUACUUCGUGGCACAAUAGGAAUGGCAUGUGUGGCAUUGAUUUUCUUCACAAUAUAUUGUUUAUUAAUUAUCCUUAACAAUUCAGAGGGAGCAUAAGGAAGAAAGAAAUCAAUGAUGCCAACUGAAAUCAAAGCAUUGUUUGUUGAAAUAGGACGUGUCCGUGCAAUCGUAUAUGCAUUGCACAAGACACGAAUAUCAUUUGAAAUAUUGAUCCAUUGUGUAUCUGCGUAGGGUGAAUGUUUGUGUACGUGAACUCACUUGUGUAACCAUGCACUUUGUUAUAUAUGUUAAUCCACAAUUCAUAUGAUCCCAAUAAAUUACAAACAGAAUCAUUAUGUUUUAUGAUACUUUAAAAUUAAAUUAUCAUUAUUGCU